GUCCUCUCCCCGCGGUCACCCUGGCAGUGGCCGUUGCGCCCCCGAGGCAGGACUCUGGGCAUGUUCCCAGCAGCUGGUCUCUGACCGGACUCCCAGAUGUGCCGCCUCAGACACACACCUCUGUGCUUUCAAGAACUGUGGUAUUUUCUGUCGCUUUGGUGGGGGUGGGCCGUGCCCGAUGCUUUGCCUCACGGUCACCAGCAAGGCUGGAGACGGGGUCCCAACCCACGGGCAGCCUCCUCAGGCAGGAGGGGAGAGCGGCGUGGUGCCCGGUGGCCGCCCGUGAGGUCUGGAGCCCCGCCCGCCCCGGGGACCCCCGUGAGGGUCGCCGCCAGGCUCGCCCGCCCCGCCCGGAGGCCGCGCCUCGCCGCCCCCGGAGAGCCCCCGCGGGGCGGAGGGAGGAGCGCAGCGCCACGUGAGGAGCUGGCGGCGGGCAGCGGCCCUCAGGGAAGACAGAUGGGGUGAGAGAGAGGGCGAGGUGCGGCUGUCAGCGCGGCCGCAGCCCCGCCGCGGAGGGAGCCCCUCCUCCCCGCGGCUCUGCGCCUCUCGCUCCCGGCCCGGCGGGAACCAUGGCGUCCAGCGAGGAAGACGGAGGCGGCAACGGCGCGGUGGAGGAGAAGGAGAACGGCAAGAAGAGGAGCCUGGGCGCCCUGGCCACGGCCUGGCUCAUCUUCUACAACGUCGCCAUGACCGCGGGGUGGCUGGUAUUAGGUAUUGCCAUGGUGCGGUUUUAUAUACAGAAAGGAACACAUAGAGGCUUAUUCAGAAGCGUUCAAAAGACGCUUAAAUUUUUCCAGACAUUUGCUUUGCUUGAGGUAGUCCACUGUGCAGUUGGAAUAGUUCGCACAUCUGUGCUUGUGACUGGGGUCCAAGUGAGUUCAAGAAUCUUCAUGGUGUGGUUCAUUGCGCAUAGUAUAAAACAGAUCCAGAAUGAGGAGAGCGUUAUUCUUUUUCUGGUCGUAUGGACUGUGACAGAGAUUACUCGAUAUUCCUUCUACACAUUCAACCUGCUCAACCAUUUGCCAUACUUCAUUAAAUGGGCCAGAUACAACUUUUUUAUCAUUUUGUAUCCUGCUGGAGUUGCAGGUGAACUGCUAACCAUAUAUGCUGCUUUACCCUACGUGAAGAAAACAGGAAUGUUUUCACUGAGACUUCCCAACAAGUAUAAUGUCUCCUUUGACUACUAUUACUUCCUUAUUAUUGUCAUGUUCUCCUAUGUGCCAUUAUUUCCACAACUCUACUUCCACAUGCUGCGGCAGAGAAGAAGGGUGCUUCACGGAGAAGUGAUUGUGGAAAAGGACGAUUGAAUCAAGCCGUAUAAUUAUGGUGCUUCUAAUGGAAAAAAAAAAAAGAGGGUAAAACCCAAAACUUCCUGUGAUUUUUCUGAGUCCAAGUUUUAAAACAUGGAACAAGAAUAAACAACUGUGCAUAAAAUAGCAUGGACUGUAUUAUUUUUACAAUUAAUAUAUCUUCAGACUUACCUUUUCAUCCUUGGUUUCGCUUUGAUUUUUGAUUGUCAUUUCUUCAGGCAAAUUAUUUUCUUAUUUUCAGUAAGCUGACAAAUAGCUGUAAGAAUUGGAAUAGUUGGCUCCAGUGCUUUCUGUUCUGAAAGUUCUGUUAUGACCUGUAGUUAUCAUGAAGAACAGAAGGAGAGUUGUUAAGUUGUACUGAAAGUGAGUCUUCUGGAAAACAGAGCAUAAAUUAGGUAAUGGUGUUUUUCAUAGACUAGGUGGCUUAAAUGUUAUUUAAGCUUAAUAUUAAAUAAUACCUUUCCAGUUAUAAGUACUGUUAGCAUGUUGUUCAGCAUUCUUUGAUUUACAGGAUCACACUGUAGAAUUCCAGAAGGACUUCUGAAAGGAGCUGAAUUCUUGAUUGUCAGUGCAAAUUUAGAUUUCUCUUUAUUUUCACUUGUAAUUUUAAAGAUAUGUAGAAGAAUAGAUAUAUCUACUGGUUAAAUGUUUAUGCUGAGGACUGAACUUGAUGUGCCUACCUUUCUCUGAUCAGUAGCUGGAAUGGGACUCGUUUGCAGAGGAAGACUGAUCGUCAGCAUGUUUCUUAUUCUACCUUUAAUUACAUAUGCAGAAAAAUUAUGGUAUUGCAUUUAGAAACUGUAGCUAUAGUGAGAUAUUUAACUUAUAAAUAGCUAAUCGGGAUAAAAUAUAUUUUUGAAAUAGUGUCUUAAAAUAUAAAUUGUGCUUUGAAUCAUCCCAUUGUGCAAUUUUAAUUGUUCCCUCCCCAUUAAUUGUUUAUACUGAGUUGACCUAAUUCUAUUUAAUGUCUUCAGUAAUCUGCAAGAGGGAUCUACAGUAUAUUAAUAAAAGUUACAGAUGAUAUUACGCUAUAUGAUACCUGAGUGGGAGAGGUCCAACAGAUGGAUUAAAUGUAGACAAGAAUUAGAUACAGCCAAAGAGAUGCAGAGAAAAGGUAAUGCAUUUGAGGAAACUUGGAUACUUAAUGAGAGAGAGAGAAGAUUGAAAUGUAAUAAUGUAGUAAGAAGCCUUGAUAAUGUAGACAACAGAGUUGCUUCUGGCAUCACUAAUGUCAAAAGAAGUGUAUAUAUGCAGAGGAGCUGCAUCAGGCAGCUGGAAUUCAGAAUACUCCUUGUGAUUGCUGAGGUAAUUUCCAGAUUAUGCUCUUAUACUUCGGGUACCUCAGGGGUGAGGAAUUGAGUUAAUCUUCUGAAAAGUCAGAGAACAGUAACAAAAAUUAGUUGAAGUGAGAAAGAAGUCGGAAAGAUCGAGUUGUUGUGUACAAUUUUUUGUUAUGUGACAAAUACAUGUAAAGGAAGAGGCUUUCUAAGUAUGAAGGUGUGACUAUAUAAAUUUGAAAUAAGGUAAAUAUCCAUUGAAUAUCAGAAGAAAGAUCCUACUAAUGAGAUCAUUUAGGUUGUGGAAUGACACAGCAGUGCUUAUCAAUGCAUACCGGUUCUUGGAAGGUUUUAAGUUAGAUGUAAUAGUGGAAGAUAAUCUUCCUUUGGCAAGGGUUUGAACCACUGAAUAAGCAGUUUCCAUUUUUAGCUUCAAUGAUUCUAUGAUAAUACAGCUUUUUUGAAAAUUGUAGAUACACCUUUUUCUUCUGUAUCAGGUAAUUUGAUGAAAAAGCAAGGAUUUACUACAUCCCUAACUUUCAGAUUCCAUUUUGUGCCUUAAAUUUCUGAUGUUUGUACAUGUCUUCAUUAAAUGUAAAUCAGUUUCCUUUCAAAUGACAGGUGCAUAGUGGACUUGAGAUAGAAUAGUUGUAUUGCUUGCAAUUUAAAAAGGUGUAAUCUUUGUAUUUUUUAGAACAAAUUUCACGCACGGUGCUAUAAUUUAUUACUUCUUUAUUUUAUAUGCAGCUAAAAUUAUUAAAAUUUUAAAAUAGAAACUACA